CAUGAGAACGCUGAUGUGGUGGUGUCGAGGACCUCGACCGCCCGACAGUAACAGUGAUCAGAACCAGUGGCAACCAAUCGGAUCCGAUAACAAAAACUACUAUUAUGCUGCCACAUUAGUUGAGCUUGGUUGUCUCCAAGCCUUGUCACUGAACAUCCUCUGGCUUGUGACGCUGCCCAGUCGAUUUGCUCCUGGAUGCAAGAGUCUGGCUUCAAUGCCAUCAAGAGUUCCAGAUCAAGGCCUAGUAGGUCCGGACGCGUGUGGUGGUGGGCAAUUAUCCGGUUAGAACCAAUCGUUACGUAUUGCGUGUAUAAUUGCCUAUUAGUAGUUAGUUAACUUUUCCGAACCGGUUGUCGCCGGUUUAUUCCCUGGUGUAGUAGCUAGUGCCAGUUUCUGUCACCUCUACACUAGCUAUUGAUGGUUGAAUGGCGAUCACACCAAGUUGAUCAUGCUCCUUCCGGCGAAUUGAUGCCGAUACAUUGUAUGCAUGGUGGACCAAUAUCAUGUGGCAAAGUGCGCAGAGCAAGUGGUUGGCUUUCGACUGCUAGUCUUGUGCAUUCCUCCACUUGCGCAGCGGACUUUGACGAAUAAGCUGACGCAAGCAAUGGCUACACGUGCUCGGUGCCCAGCCAAUCAUCGAUUUUUCCAUUCUCCCAGUAUGGCGCAGUCAACUCAACGCGGCUAUAAAAGUGCGUCUGGUUCGUGUCGCGUUUCUCCCCCAUCUCACCAAGCGAUCCGCGAAGGUCUCAACAUUUACUCUAAGGUGAGGGCGGGAGAACAUAGCAAGGCUUCCUUCACAGGGGGACAUUCGCUGCGGUCCCGGACAGCAGUUGGACUCUAUCAGUAUUGUCAAUUCCGACUUUGGCACUUGGGUGUCUACUGAGGGAGUUCGGCAGCCUACGGGAUCUUACGGUUUGUCUUGACCUGCCAAGAGUAGUCCACCGAGCGAUCACCUUCCCGGUCAAUAGGUGUCUCAGGGUAUCGUCGGAGUUCCCAGCUUGGGGGGGAACUUGCUGGGGCCUUGUUAUGCCGGAACCGCGCAGAGUCGUCGAUGAAUGGGCGGAUGGGUACUGCUCUGAGUGUAUUGUGUUUGGGUUGUGCCAAUAGUGACACCAGGUAUCUAUCGGGGUCUUCACUCUGUGGGGACUUGCUGGGGCUUGCGUGGCACGGGAGGCAACUUGUUGCAUGGUCGCAGACGGUUCCAUUUGGGAUGCGUUUUUCGUGUUUCAAAUGUUUGCGUGUUUUCCUCACCCUCACUUUUUUUAGCUUUCUUUUUGAUAGAUUCGACCACGACCACGAUAACGACACGCCGAGAACAACGCGGUAAAGUCUGGUAUACGGUCUUUAGUUUAGAGAAGAUGUUAUAUGCUGUAAACAAUAAAAUUCCUCCAACUGUUCUAAAAACUAUACUUUAUCGCGGUA